CGAGUAUCAAUCCCAACUAUCUCCAAGUCUCGAAUCCGGUAAGUAUCACAACCUCUUGCCACCGAAGUCCGAACACUGAUCUUUGUCCAACUUGUAGCAAAGUCUCCAAUCUGAAUAAGAAGAGGAAGAGGAAGUCUGAAGAGGAAGAAGAGGAAGUCUGAAGAAGAAGAAGAGGAAUAGUAGAAGACGAAGAUGAAGAUGAAGAUGGAGAGGAGAGGAGAGGAAGAGAUGGGAAGCUGGGAGGGCCUCAGGCCUAACCUGCAGGUAACAAGUUGGCGCCUUGGCAGUGGAGGGAGAUCUGCUGCAGGUCGUGGGAGCUAUGGCGCUCCACGGUCGCAGGAGGACAUCCACACCCUGGACGACGCGCUGACUCAAGUCCACAGCCGCCUCCGGCAGCUGGAGCAGCGACCCGUCGCCGCCCCCGAUGCUAGCUCUUCCAACACCUCCGAUCGCCUCGAGGCAUUGGAGAUGGACGUCGGCUCCCUCAAGGACGGCGUGCAGUUACAGCAAACCGCAACGCAACAGUUGGAGUACGACUCGACGAAGACAGAUCCGAUUUCAUGGUUCCUCAAGUUCGAGCUCACACUGCAGCUACACCACGUCAAAGAACACAAGCACCACGGGUACUUGUACUCCCGGUCAAGGGGCGCAUGCCAAGCAUGGUUGGACAAUCUCUUGUCCAAGUACGGAGUGGUAGCUGUCGACUUGCAUACCAACAUCAUCUGGGAUGAUCUGAAGGCGGCGUGGCAUAAGCGGUUCCAAGUAAAGCCGUCGGAGAUCAAGGCAAUGGACAAGCUGAUGGUCUUCGAACAAGGCACACUGCCGAGUGUCGACUGCAUUGCCGAGUACCAACGCUUGACAUCCGUCCCAGACAUCCAAAUGGGCUUCAAAGCCAUCAAACACUACUUCAUCUCGAGGUCGUGUCCGACGUUGGGCAAUGCCUUGACUCACGUCGAGGACACCCUGACGACACCGACAAAACUUUUUGACAAGGCCAAGAAUCUUCAGCGUUCGUCUGCGCCAGGCCUGAGCAGAGAUCAGCAAGUGGCCGUGGUCGUGGCGGCAACGCCAAGCGACCAAACGAGUGAGGCCGUGUCUGCUAAUGAAGGAGACAGACUCGCAGCUGCCCGGGAAGGUGGCCGCCCCGGCAAAGGCCGAGGACGCGGCAAGACAAAGACAAACACCGCAUCUAGCCCCGGGCCCGACGCAGCAGCUCCAGCCCCAUGGUCCCAUUACGGUCUCUCUGAAUCAGCGUACAAGGCACGCACGAGAUUCCGCUAUUGUCUGUGGUGUAACAGCGAUCAACACGACACAAUGGCCGGCCAGUCGAAAGGCAAAGGCAAAUCGGAAAACUGAGCACCGUCGGGAGCGACUCGACGACACUCUCGACGCCUUCGGAACCGGUCGCUUCGCGGGUGACCGCCCUUCGUUCCGAGGCACAUGCGGAAGUCGAUAGUCUUCCUCUUGUUUAUUCUUUUAAGGAGUAUGCUGCCCGACUCGUUCCUACGCUGGGUACUCAUGCUCAAGGACAAGACGUGUGUGCGACAUCUUCUCCGUCCGACAACGGGAACUUAUCGUCUUCAAGUGGUUCUUCACGGGAUUCUGCGUGCAAGUUCAACAUAGAAGUAUUGGACCCGCUCACGUCCGAGGAUUUCGCAUGGCUUCCUCUCCCGACCAUGGACCGCUUGUCGGGACCUCAAUGUGCAGCACUAUGCUCUCAUCUUCAUACGUACUUAUCCUUCUAUGCACCACCAACUUCACCGGCGGAUGACGAAGUCGCAGUGGGGGACAUUCUUGCGUAUGUUACCAAGGUGGCCCGCAAGUUUCCCAAUCAGCGGUACGACGACAACAACGCACCGCUCCUCUAUGUCCGCAUCCAAGUUGGGCAAGCGUCCGACAGCGCUUUGCUGGAUAGCAGUGCGUCUCGCAAUUUUAUGAGCCAAGCCUUUAUGCAAAAGGAUGACCUUGGUGCACAAGUUCAAUGAAGGCAAACCCGACGA